GCACUCUUCCAAGAAAAAAAAAACUCUCUAGCAAUACACACCAAACUGAGCAUGUGCAGAGUGUCUCCAAAUGAUAUGUCUUAUCAGGAGAUAGGGGGACACUGGAGGAAGGGGAGAAUCAGAGAAGUUAGGUCAAACAGCGAUUUUACAUGAUGCGGGGGAUUAACCCCUUAGUUCCCACAGUGAGUAUAACCAGCAUGCUUUACUGCCAGGGGCGGACUGACCAUUUGGAAACUCGGACACUGCCCGAGGGUACGGGGUCAGUAGGGGGCCCC